GUAAACAAGACACAGGUAAACAUGACACGCCAGUCCAUACGCCGUCGUUUCAUCCAUCUUCUUCUUUUAAGCACUGAAGAGUGAAGACUCUCCCUUCAAGGAGCCUUCUUCUCUCGCAGGCGGUUCUGAAUUUCCGAGUUUGAUCCUCCGAGUCAGGAUUUUUUGGGCUGGAAAGCACAAUGGGUGAUAGCCAGUACUCGUUUUCUCUUACCACUUUCAGUCCUUCUGGGAAGCUUGUUCAGAUUGAACAUGCGCUGACGGCAGUUGGGUCUGGCCAGACGUCGUUAGGGAUUAAAGCUGCUAAUGGAGUUGUCAUAGCAACAGAGAAGAAACUGCCAUCUAUCUUAGUUGAUGAAGCAUCUGUUCAGAAAAUUCAGUUAUUGACGCCAAACAUUGGAGUUGUUUACAGUGGCAUGGGUCCAGAUUUCAGAGUUCUGGUUCGGAAAAGUAGGAAACAGGCAGAGCAAUAUCAUCAGUUGUAUAAAGAACCGAUCCCUGUCACACAACUAGUGAGGGAAGUUGCUGCUGUUAUGCAGGAGUUCACACAGUCGGGUGGUGUAAGGCCUUUCGGAGUUUCACUGCUGGUUGCCGGCUUUGAUGACAAAGGUCCACAACUAUUUCAGGUGGACCCAUCAGGUUCUUACUUUUCUUGGAAAGCUUCUGCCAUGGGGAAAAAUGUUUCUAAUGCAAAAACAUUCCUUGAGAAAAGGUACACCGAGGACAUGGAACUUGAUGAUGCUGUCCACACAGCAAUAUUGACCCUGAAAGAAGGGUUUGAAGGACAAAUCUCUGGGAAAAACAUUGAGAUUGGCAUAAUUGGUGCUGACAAAAAAUUCAGAGUACUUACACCAGCUGAAAUAGAAGAUUACCUGGCCGAAGUGGAGUAGAUUGGGACCAAGAGAAACGGAAAGAUCAGAGCAACCAGACUACAGAGUACUCACUGCUUUCGGGAGUUUUGUAGUACCCCCCGCUUUGUUGUUCUAGCAAAACAUGCUUUCGGGUUUUCUUUCUUCAACUAUUGUGCUUAUUUUGUAAAAUGCUGUUAAACCUAAUCGUUACUCGCUUCUAACGAUGGUACAUGCUUGUGGCUCUGGCUUUUUCCUCAAUAACUGCAAGCUCCAGUA